AAACAAGAGACUGGCUUAUGCUGUCAAGGAAAGCACUCUUGAUAGUCUAAUUACUGAGCUCCUUCUAUGGCUGUUGGAUGAGAGAGUUCCACAUAUGGAUGAUGGCAGCCAGCUUUUAAAAGCUUUGAAUGUUCUGAUGCUAAAGAUUCUGGAUAAUGCAGAUCGAACUUCAUCCUUUGUUGUUCUCAUCAAUCUCUUACGUCCAUUAGAUCCUUCAUGGUGGCCCUCACCUGCAUCAAAUGAGACAUUUGCUGUCAGAAAUCAGAAGUUCUCUGAUCUAGUUGUUAAAUGUUUGAUAAAACUUACAAAGGUUCUUCAAAGCACUAUUUAUGAAGUCGACCUUGACCGCAUCCUUCAAAGCAUCCAUUUGUAUCUGCAAGACUUGGGGAUGGAAGAAAUUAGAAGACGUGCUGGUGCUGAUGACAAGCCAUUGCGCAUGGUGAAAAUAGUUCUACAUGAACUAGUGAAGCUUCGAGGAGCUGCUAUUAAAGGUCACCUUUCAAUGGUUCCUAUUGACAUGAAGCCUCAACCAAUAAUUCUUGGUUACAUUGAUCUUAAUCUAGAGAAAGCUAUAAAAACUGUCCAACCUGCUACUAGAAGAGAAGGGUUUUCUGCCAUUCCCAAUGUAAAAUUGGAAGAUGUAGGCGGACUAGAUCUUAUAAGGAAGGAACUUGAUCGAUUCAUAAUUAGGCAUUUCAAAUACCACGAGAAAUUUAAGUGUGUUUGUGACUGGGAUGAUCAUGAAAAUAAGUUUAUUGAAGUUGAAGGAAUUCUGAGAAGACAGAUAAAGGAAUGGGCAUCUGAGCAUUGUUCAGCACCUUUUCGAGCUCCUGAGUUGUGGGAUUGUCCAAGUAAUGCAGAUAUCGAUGAGAGAGCUGAUAUUUGGUCAUUAGGAUGCACUUUAUAUGCGAUAAUGUGAUAAUGUUUUUUACCAUGUGAUUUAAGAUUUAUUGGUUUAAGUUUUCGGGUCUUUGUCUCCUAAGAGCUAUAAUAUAAUUUGAUGACAGUGUUGAAUGUUUUGAACUAAUUUGUGGAUUGUUAAUACAAUGUUGAAUGCUUUUUAAUUUUUGUUAUUUGAAAAUCAAGUUCAUUUGA